CAACUCAAGCUUCCAAGCGACGGCGCCGGGGGGCCUAGGGUUUUAGCUCUCGCUCUCGCUGUCGGCAGCGCGGCGCCAUGGGCUACCACCACCUCCUCCUCUCGCCGGCGCCACCACCGCCGCACCCUCCCCGCCUCUCGCUCCUCACUCCUGGCCGCCGCCCGCGCGCGGGGCAUGGGGCCGUGUCCGCCGCCGCCGCCUGCUCCCCGUCGGUGCUGGCGGCAGGGAGGAGGGCCGUGCUCCUGGCGGGCGUCUCGGUGCUCCCGCUCCUCCGCCUGCGUGAUGCUGUGGCGGCCGCGGCCGCGCGGCCGUCGACGGCGGUGGAUCUCGUCACCGAUAGAAUGGACAGUGUGAAGACUGAGGAAACUCAGCCUGAAGAACCUUCGGCUGACAAAUCUCAGGAUGAGGUGAAAGCACCACCUGCAGUGAAUCCACUUGCAGGUUUUCUGAAUGCAAUUGCAGUUAUUGCUUCUGGUGUACUUGCUGGACUUUUUGGUGCUUCUCAACAGGAAAAAAAAGCGUUGCAAUCUACUGUCUCAGCUAUGGAGACCAAAUUGGCUGAAAAUGAGGCAGCAAUGUCUAUGCUUAGAGAAAACUAUGAGAAACAGAUAUUGAAUGAACAAGCAGAACAAAAGAAACAGGCUAGGAUGUUCCGGGAGAAGGAAGCUUCCAUUCUAGAUCAAUUGACUUUGACUAAGAGAACUGUAACAUCCUUAAAGGAGGAAGUGAGAAGGGAGAAAGAACUAGUUGAACAGCUUAAACAUGAGAUAUGUCGACUUAAGAGUAGCAUUGCACAAGCAGAAGAACACAAUCAUGCAUUUGAAGGCAAAUUGAGAGAAAAGUUGGAAACACUUGAUAUUUUACAGGACAAGGUUAAUCUGCUUAGACAGGAGGUGAAUGCCAAGGAGGAAUCCAUCAGGGAACUAAGCUCAUCACUUUCUUUCAAGGAAGAAGACUAUCAGAAGCUGCAGUUGAUCUACAGUGAAACCAAAGCAAGCCUUGAACAUGCAAAUUCUAAAAUAGGGCAGCUGGAGGAGGAUUAUUCUGCAGCUAAAGAUGAUCUAAACUCAAAGAUAUCUUCAAUUGAUUCAUUGAAUGAGGAGGUCAAAAUAUUAUACACUGCAAAAAGUGGAGCGGAAGAAAAGGUAAGUGAACUAAUGAAACAGUAUGUAGACCUUACAGCAUCUUUUGAUACGAGGGCAUCUCAUGACUCUGAACUAUUGAUCGAGAAAGAUACUAUGCUGAAACAGCUUGAAGAACAACUUUCUGCUGCAUUAAGUGAUGCUAAUAAAAACAAAAUUAUAAUUGCUGAGCUGAACAGUGAAUUGGACACUAACAGAGCAAUGCUAGAUGAUGAGGUUGAAGCUCAUAAAAAAUUAUCAGAGCUUGUUCAGUCCACUGAAGGGGCACUAACAGAUUCCAGAAAUAAGGUGUUUAACCUCUCCGAAGAGCUUGAUGAAGCAAAGAUAUCAAAUCAGCAAUUGAUAACCCAGAUUUCAAAGUUGACAGAUGAGUCCAAUACAGCAAAACAGGUUUUGACUAAUAAAAUAGCAGAGGCUGAAGCAGUUUCUAAAGUUCUUUCAGAUGAGCUGGCCUCAGUGAGGGAUAUACUUGAAAAGACACAAGAAAAACUUGAUGUCACCUCUAAUCAGUUAGUGUCUACUUUGGAAGCACGUGAGGACCUUAAUAAAGAACUGCUGGAUGCAUAUAAGAAGUUAGAGUCUGCAACAGAUGAGCUUGUUAGAGAACGUAAAAUUAAUGCUACUCUAAACAGGGAGCUUGAGGCAUUGGUGGAACAGUCGAUUGUAGAAUCUGAAGCGCGACGUGUUCUUCAAGCAGAUCUUGAUGAGGUGACUAGUUCAAAAAAAGAGGUGGAUGACAGUACACAGUUCCUGUCUGAGAGGCUGGACAGCGCAAAUUCUAGGAUUGCUACUAUUGAGGAAGAGAAAGAGAUGCUUUCAGAGGCUCUGGAGCACCAGAAGGAAAGUACAAUGGAAGCUCGGAAAGAUAUGGUGGACGCUCAGAAUCUAAUAAAAAUGCUUGGAGCGGAGAGAGAGAAUUUUGAAAUGAGGUCCAAGAAACUUGAAGAGGAAUUGGCCACGGCAAAAGGUGAGAUAUUGAGACUGAGGCGGCAGGUUAGUGCAAGUGGAUCUCUGAAAACAGAACUUCCGGAAACAAGUGUGCCAUCAAAUGCGUCUCAACAUGAGCAAAAUUUGAAUGAUCCUGUUCCGAAUAGUAACAAAUUCGAUGCUGGAGAUGUUCAUUCUCCUUCAAGGAUUUAUAGAAGAAAAACCAAACGGAGUACACGAGCAUUAUAAGAACACUGUGAUCAGGGGCGGGUCUAGUGUGGAUACUGGAGGGGCUUAAAGUCCCCCUAUUCGUUGGAUCCACUUAGAAAGAUAAGACGACGGGAGGAAGGAAAAAUAUGAAAAAGAAGAGUAGGGAGGCAGAAGGAGGAAGAAAGCAAUCAGCCUCCCCUCUCUCGCUCGGCUGGAUCCGCCCGCGAUCUGAAUCGCUGUCGUUGCAUUCUUCUGUUUAGUCAUCUUACAAGGAUAUUAACGUUGAACUUUCCAAUGGUAGAAUCAAGAAACAUUCGUGCAGAUAUUUCGAUCUCUCUCCUUGUUCCUAGCUCUUCCGUUGUCCCUGGAGAAACCAUUGUAGUUCCUUGUGUUAUAUGAGUUUUGGCAAUUUUUGAACGUAGUAUGAUACUCUGUUCAUAUGUUUUGUCGAUCUUCAAUUAUUCACUCGAGUCUUGCUAUCGAGUCUUAUG